AUGGCCGAGCCUCUCUCCUCCUGGUCCCUCUCGCGGCACCUCUCUCGCUUCCACCGCGCGGCCGACGCCAAGACGGUGCCCGUCGCCGCCAUGAAGCACCGCAUCGAGGCCUUCAUGCAGUACUGGGACGGGCGCAGCGGGUCGUGGUCGACGCUCGUGCCCGGCGGCGACGAGCUGUGGACGGGCCGCAUCGACUUCCCUGGCGAGGCCGACGACAUGUUCCUCGUCAUGGAGAAGAAGCCCGUCGUCGUGCACGACGCCGACGUCCUCUUGACCGGCGUGCUCCACGGCGCUCGCGUCCCUUUCUGCAGCGUGCCCUCCCUCGGCGAAACCGCGCGCAGCACGAUCGAGGUCCCUCGUACCGACGCCGCGCCGGACAGGUGGCAGUUCCUGCGCCUCGAGGGCGAGGGCGGCGCGCCGAGCGCCGCUUCGUGGCGCUUCCUCGGCGUGCGCGGCGACCCGAAGAGCGACGUGUACGUCUCGUUCCGGGCGAGCCUGUCCGCGACGCCCAAGCCCGCCCGCCGCCUCGCGCUCUCCCUGUGGCCCGAGCGUCGCCUCGUUCGCACGAGCAGCACGAGCUUUGCGCUCGAGGGCCCCUCGGACCGCAUCGCGGCGUUUGUGCGCCAGCCCGACGGCGGCGAGCUGUUCGCGUUCCGAGGCGUCGGGUCGGGCGUCGACGAGGCUGAGGUCGUCGAGCUCCCGACCGCGCCGCACGCCGCGCGCUCCUUCGUCGUAUCGCUGCAGGGCACCUGGCGCCUCGUGACCCCGCAGCACGCCGUCCGGACGUGCGUGCCUGACUGUCUCGAGGCGCACGCGGACGAGCAGAGGUACAGGAGGUGGGCUUUCGUGCUGCCGGGCGCCGAGGACGAGGUUGGGAAAGUGGUCGAGGUCGAGGCGAGCGCUCCCCGCCCCAUCUCAUCCCCUUCCUCGGCCCUCGCGCCCGCCCACCCCGACACCUGGACCCUCGCGCGCCGCACCCUCUCGCGCCACUCCCGCCGCCUCGUCUCGACGACCUGGACCGUGUCUCUCUCGGCUGUCGUCCUCGCCUCGGCGUCGAGCAGCGCGGCGGCGGCGGGACGGUGCUCCGUCACGUUCCGUGCCGACGACCCGCACGAGGUGCGCGCGCGCGAGGGCGGCGAUCACGGGGCGGGGCGCGGGAUUGCGAGCGGUGGUGGGCGCGAGCGGCUGCCGGUGUGGGCUGAGAUGACGAGCGGGCGGCGCUGAGCGGGCGAGGGGGGGCCGAGGGAGCGGGUGUUGUAGCUUGUUCGAGGAGCGAGGGCUGGAACGGUGUCGUGCCGAG